GCUCUCAACGCUCUUCGCCGUCGGUAGCUUGUACAUAGCCAGCAACCACUCCACAUACACCGCUGUUUCUCCAAGUUCCUCCCGGUAGACCAUACGCUCCACGCCCUCUGCUCACCAAUUCGCUGCAUCUUCAUUCCGCUUGUUCCGGACCGGCAACGCCCGUCUAUUGUCAAUUCAACAUCCGUUGUCGGCGCAUAUAAACACCGUAUACGAGUGUCACUGUCAUUACUGCACAAAGUUCUCCUUCACAGUAGCUCAAAAUGCCCCAACAACCGCUCAAGCGCGUCCUGGUCACAGGCGGCGCAGGCUACAUCGGCUCGCACAUCGUGCUCAUCCUUCUCUUGACACGGCAAUACAAGGUGUUGUCCAUCGACAACAGUCACAACUCAUUCCCGGAAGCGCUCAAACGCGCAACGGAAAUCGCGACCGAGGCGCUCCCCGCAGACGCCACGGAGCAAGACCGUGACUCUGCGGUAGUGGAGGCGUUUUCCGGGGAUCUCAGGUCUCGCGAAAAUGUCGAGAAAGUCUUUGCAGGCAGCCCAGUAUGGGGUGUCAUCCACGUCGCCGCGCUCAAGGCGGUGGGUGAGUCCUCCGAGAUCCCCCUGGACUACUACGCUGUCAAUGUCGGCGCGACGAUCCAGUUGUUGCAGAUCAUGGCCGAGCACGGAUGCUACAACAUGGUCUACUCGAGCAGCGCGACGGUGUAUGGCACCCCGCCUGUUGUGCCUAUCCCGGAGACGACGCCGCUGAAGGCUGAGAGCGUGUACGGCCGGACGAAGGUCAUGUGCGAGACGAUUCUCUCUGAUGUGUGCACUUCGUAUCCGGAUAAAUGGAGGGCAAUCUCGCUCCGAUAUUUCAAUCCCGCUGGCGCGCAUACAUCUGGCCGAAUGGGUGAAGAUCCCAGAGGAAAGCCGGGCAACCUCCUCCCCCUGCUUUCCCAGAUCGCCAUCGGUAAAUUCAAAGACGACCCCCUCAAAGUCUUCGGGAACGACUACCCAACGCCGGACGGCACCUGUGUGCGGGACUACAUCCACAUCCUCGAUUUGGCGCGGGGCCAUCUGCUGGCACUGGAAGCGUUGUCAGACGAGCGUGCACCAGGGUCCAAGAUCUCGCCCGAUAUCUUCCCCAAACAAGGCGGCAAGUUCAAGGCGUACAACCUUGGUAAAGGCCGUGGUCAGUCUGUGCUCAGCAUGAUCGAAGCGAUGCGCAAGGCCUCCGGGUUCAACUACCAGUACGAGAUCAUCGGACGUAGGGUGGGUGACGUGCCUGACCUUACGGCGGACCCGGCGCUCGCUAGGAAGGAACUGGGAUUCGAUGCCCCCCUUGAACUGGAUACGAUGUGCGAGGAUCUGUGGAGGUGGCAAUCGAUGAACCCGGAUGGGUACGGUCAGUGAGGGAUGGGCGUUCUGAUGGAAGGCGAGAAGCAGGGUAAUUGAUGGUACGGAAGUGAAGCUAUGGUCGGUUAAUUAUUAGGUGGUCUAUUGCUCGGAACGAAAAUUGAAUGAUAUCAAU